GAAUGAGAGCACAGAAGCGGCGGAGCAGCGGAGCCGCAAGCAUGCAGGCGAUAGCGUCGGUUGCUAAGGUCCAACCUAAGUUAAACAUCGUAAAGCAGAAUCCGACCGUGAUUGCAGCCGCCGCUGAGGUCCAACCGACAUCAAACUCUCUUCGAUCGGAACCCCUGCUUUACACAAGGAAGAGAAAGACGAUGCCGAGCAGUCCUCCAGCUCCAGUUCUUGCCUUGGCCGUCCCGGUGUACGGAAAGAGGGUUAAACCCAUGAAGAAGAAGAUGAAGACGGUUCCAGUGCUAUAUCCGGCGUCGGAUGAGGGCGAAGAGGUGAUCGAUGCUGUUCCCACCCACCGUGAUGGAAUUAGAAGGUGUAGACCCGAGCUGCCCUUUUCGAGGAAUUGGAGCAAGCGUGUUGAUUCGAUGGAAAGGGUGGCGGCGGGGGUGAUGAGGGUUAAAGCUAAGAGAAAGGUGAAAAGUGUUCGGGUGUUAUCCACCUCGUCGGAUGAAGAGGGCGAUGAGAAGAACGAUGCUGCUCCCAUCUGCAAUAUCGGCAUUAAAAGGCGUGGAUCUGAGUUGCCCUUCUUGGGUAAGGUUAGCAAGAGCGUUGAUCCAAUGGAAAGAGCGGUGGCGGCAAGGAGGGUUAAAGCCAACAGGAAGAGAAAUUCGGUGUUAUCUCCGGUAAUCAAUGAGUUGGGCGAGGAGGAGAUUCAUACUUUUCCCACCUGCAAAUGCUGCUUUAAAAGCCUUAGAGCUGAGUUGCCCUUUUCCCAUAAGGGGAAAAACAGGGGUGUUGAUUCAAUGGAAUGGGCCGGAGAUGUGAUUAAUGUUGAAGGCAAGAGGAAAAUGAAGAAUGUUCCGGAGGUAUCUCGGGCAACGCAUCAGAAGUGCAAGGAGAUCGAUGCAGUUCCAACCUGUAAUAUCAGUAUUAAAAGACGGAGAUCUGAGUUACCCUUGCUGAAGAAGAGGAUUCGGAGUGUUGAUUCAGAGGCAAUGAUGGUGGCUGGAAUGGGUGGGGAGAAUGAGGAUCCAGCUAGUUCAAUAUACACCAACGACAAGGUGAAGAAAGCCUUUGCAACUGCAAGCCUUCCCUCUCAAGAAUGCCGAGAGGCUACUAGGAGUGGGAGGAAGUGGAAGAAUUCUUCGUGGAUACCAGCUCCCGCCCUAAACAAUGUGGUUUGGACUCCGGCUGAAGCUCUUGUCUUUGCUGAGGCGAUGGAUGGGGUAAAUCUUGAGGAGUUGGGGAUAUCUCAACAAAUGCCCAUCACUAACUUGAACAGCAAAAAGAACAUCACUAGGAGAACUAAGAAUAAGUCAAAGAAAAAUAUUGAAAUGGUGAAGAUAAUGAUAGGGGAGGAGAACGCAGGCGAGGAGGAAAAUCCCUCUUGUAGCAAUGGUGGUAUUAGUAGGCAGAGCUUGGCAUCAUUUGCUAACAUGGUCAAUACUUUCCGUUACACUGGAAACAGGAGUCUUCAAGAGCGCCUGAGCUGUGUUGAAUCUGACAUUGCUGCUACUUCUGCAAAUGUUACCUUCUCUACAACUUCCAAAGGUGAAAAAGCCUCCUGCAAUGGCACAAGAGCAGCAAAUGUUACACUUAAGGAAACAGAGAACAGGAACAGGCUCCAACAGUCAUUUUACUCCCUUAACAUCCCUGAAACAACUCCACAUAUUGCAACCACUAGCUCUAAAGCAAUAAAUCAUAAUAAGAGAAGCAGCACUUUUGAAAACAGUAACAACGUCGUAGCGGUAAACCCAUCUGUCUUCAAGAUAAUGAAGGGGCGGCACAAAGCGGAAGCGGUACAUGCUUCUUGCCUUGCUCUAUCUCGUGAGCCUCCCUCUCAGAAAACCAAAAAACAGAGGAAGAUGGCUUCAUUUCCGGCAACAGAUGAGGUUGACAAAGUACGCAGGUCUGCGAGAUGUAAACACAGAGAAACAAUGAAAAAGGCACAGAAAAUGCAGGAUUUCUACCGUAGGGUCAGCCCUGACAAUAAUUGGGUACCUCCAAAUUCUCCUUAUGAGCUAUUGCAGGAGGAUCAUGCCUUUGAUCCUUGGAGGGUUCUUGUAAUAUGCAUGCUUUUGAAUCAAACAACAGGCGAACAGGUCAAGAAAAUUUUACGACGUGUAUUUCUUUUAUGCCCAACAGCUGAGGCUGCGGUCCACGUCCCUAUGAAUGAACUUCGAACUGUCAUUGAAUCUCUUGGUUUACAAAAUAAACGUGCCAGAGAUAUCCGUGAAAUGUCACGUCAAUAUCUGAAAGAUGGGUGGACUUAUGUGACUGAGCUUCAUGGAGUUGGCAAGUAUGCUGCUGAUGCAUAUGCGAUAUUCUGCGUCGGUAAACCGGAGGAUGUGGUACCUGAUGAUCACAUGCUGGUGAAGUAUUGGGAGUAUGUGGUCCAGUGGAAGCGAGAGCAAUACUUCUUACCAGUUGGCUAGCUAUCCAUGGCUCUCGUCUUAGCUACUCUUAUUUAUAUCCAGCUCUACAGUUCAGCUGAUCUACGAGCUAUUUUCCAAGUAUGUUUAAAUUUAACCUUUGUAAAUUGUCUAUUAUAGCAUGAUUAUUAGUCUUUUUGAUGGAAAUUUUCAUAUUUGCUUGUUUUAAGUUGCAUUUCUAAUUUAUGCUACAUAUGAUGUUUACUAUAAAUUGCUAUCCAAGUUACACUACUACUACUACAAGAAGUCUUUACCCACUAUGUGGGGUCGGCUA